ACCGUUAGCAUACAGCUUCAGAGACUCAUAGUUGAGCACAAUCCCAACGACACUAGAAUAUCAAGCAAACACUCACCAAACAUAUGCAGACAAGGUGACAGGCAACAAUUCAAUAAGAACACAGUAAACCCAUGUUUAACUUUACGUUUACACAACUUUUGCCCAUACAACACAACCUCAUUUCCAUCACGUUUUCCAUAUGGGUGGGGGCCUGUAUUGUGAACCGGGAGAAUAAGAUAGUCAGUACUGGUCACAAUAAAAUGCCCAAUGGCUGCGAUGACAAGCUACCAUGGGCACGAGAAGGAGACAAACUGAAGACUAAGUACCCUUAUGUGUGCCAUGCAGAGCUGAACGCAUUUAUGAACAAGACCAGUGCUGAUGUGAGGGGCUGCACCAUCUAUGUGACUCUGUUCCCCUGCAACGAGUGUACCAAGCUCAUCAUCCAGGGAGGUAUCGAGAAGGUGGUCUAUCUUUCUGAUAAGCAUCAUGGCGACGAGAUGACGGUCGCUUCCAAGACGAUGCUUGACUUGGCUGAAAUACCAUACGAGCAAUUCAACCCCAGAGGGACUGGCAUCAUCGAUGUUGAUAUCAGUGAGACUGACUGAAAAUGCAAAGGAAGUGGGGAGGCAGAGGGAGACUGAAAAGAUAAAGAGACUUUGAUGCCUCUUUUCUUGUCCUCUUGCCCCCUGCUUUGUCCAAAGGAAAAUUCGAGGAACCUUGACUUUGGCGUCUUUUGAUAUUUUGAUUAACCAGAUAUUCAUAAUAGUUUAAUCUGAGGCUUCGCCCAAUGUGGCAGACUGUGGUGGAAGGUCUUCCUAUGCUUCUUUCACUUUAUUUUACUUUAAAACUUCUUUGGGUUCAGGAAUAUGAAAGAAUUAUGCAUACACUGUCUUGAGGGUUUGAUUUUCUUUUGUGAUGUCAAUUAGAUCUUCUCAUAUCUGUCUGCAAAGGGGAAAACCUGACUUUCUUUUGAGCUGUGAAUGUGCGUACCAAACGACCAAUCAGUGAUCCUCAUUGUUUGGGGAACCACUUUGUUUUGGCUCUAAAUGAUUUAACUUGACGUUUUUGAAAUUAGAGGUAGAUUUAAAUGCAUGUUGAUGAAAUGAUAGUGGAUUGAAAAAUAAUAAAAAUUGAAGAUAAAUUUAAGUGUAGUUUGACAGAUAUGCAAAUUCACAUGUGAUGCUUUAGCCACUUUCCAUUAAAAUAACUGCCAACACUGCUCUGAUCAGUUAUGGGUUUCAGGGGACACAAUAUUUAUAUAUGUGUACCAGUACACUGCAGAAUAUGGCUUGACUCCCUCAGGUGACAUAUAGGUGACGUCAUCAGUAACAAAUACCGAAUAUGUUUUAAAAAUUCUUUAUGAGAAUGACUGGCAGCGGCUGGAUCCGAAGACUACAGAUUAGAAUCUUUACAUAUCACACACAUAUGAUUUUAUCUGCUGCUCGUCAACACUAACUGACCCAGACUGCGACAGACUGGCUCCAACUCUCAUUUUCUCAUCAGCCAUCACACCCAAGUCAAAUUCGUCUCAGCAGUCACAAUGUGUGUUCCUGACUGUCAUACUGUCUAUCAUGAUGUUAAGAACAAGUGGGAAAAACAUCUCAAUUCUGUAAAUGCAUACCAUCAUUCCUUCAACCAUGUCAGCUAUCAGUGCAGUUGGAGUCAAUAAAACUUUGGGACCACAUGAA